AUGUCGUGGUUCGGGCACCACCACCACAACCAGCCGGCUCCCCCGGCGUCGGGGCCGAACCAGGUGUUCAAGAUCUUCUGCCGAGCCAACGAGAACUACUGCCUGGCCGUCCGCAACGGCGCCGUGGUGCUGGCCCCGACCAACCCCAAGGACGAGCACCAGCACUGGUACAAGGACAUGCGCUUCAGCACCCGGGUGAAGGACGAGGAAGGCAUGCCGGCGUUCGCGCUCGUCAACAAGGCCACGGGGCUCGCCAUCAAGCACUCCCUCGGCCAGUCCCACCCGGUGAAGCUCGCGCCUUUCAACCCUGACCAGGAGGACGCGUCGGUGCUGUGGACGGAGAGCAAGGACGUGGGCAAGGGCUUCCGCUGCAUCCGCAUGGUGAACAACACCCGCCUCAACUUCGACGCCUUCCACGGCGACAAGGACCACGGCGGCGUGCACGACGGCACCGGCGUCGUCCUCUGGGAGUGGUGCAAGGGCGAGAACCAGAGCUGGAAGAUCCUGCCGUGGGGCCCCGAGGCGAACGCCGCGGCGGGGACCCACGCCGCCAACGGCGGCGUGCACCCCGUGCGCGUCUUCUGCAAGGCCGGCGGCGAGGACUACAGCCUGACGGUGCGCAACGGGACGGCGUGCCUGGCGCCCACCAACCCGCGGGACGAGUACCAGCACUGGGUCAAGGACAUGCGGCACAGCACCCGGGUGCGGGACGAGGAAGGGUACCCGGCCUUCGCGCUGGUCAACAAGGUCACCGGCGAGGCGCUCAAGCACUCCACGGGGCAGGGCCACCCCGUGAAGCUGGUGCCCUACAACCCGGAGUACCAGGACGAGUCGGUGCUCUGGACCGAGAGCCGCGACGUCGGCAAUGGAUUCCGCUGCGUCCGCAUGGUCAACAACAUCUACCUCAACUUCGACGCCUUCCACGGCGACAAGGCACACGGCGGCGUCCACGACGGCACCGAGAUCGUGCUCUGGAAGUGGUGCGAGGGCGACAACCAGCGCUGGAAGAUCCUCCCAUGGUGUAAGUGUACAUGUCUUCCUCUUCCACCGUCUGUACCUAAUAACUGUGUGGUACAACUACAACCACCAUUGAUGGCUUGCCCUUACAUCCUUUGA